AUAUCUCACCCUUCGUGGUGCAGCCCGUGCCUUUGGAGGUGACCGAAGGUUCCGUGGCCAGGUUCACCUGCCAGGUGACCUCUAACCCUCCUGCCACCAUCACCUGGGAGCUAGACCAAAGCACACUACCAUUGGAGACAGACAGAAUCACAGUCCUGCCCAACGGAGCUCUCCAGAUUCAAAACGUCCAACUAGAGGAUGCUGGGAAGUACCGUUGUGUGGCCACCAACAUCGGCAACCGCGUCAAGAGUAGAAAGGCAACGCUCUCCGUCAUCAACCAAGGUUCUGCCCCUAAACCGCGUCAGAGGCCCCGGAUCAUAGCGGGCCCCCAAAACAUGACUGCUUCCCUCCACUACACCGUGGUCCUGGAGUGUGUUGCUACGGGCAACCCCAGACCCAUCAUCUCCUGGAGCCGGGCCGACAGUAAACCCAUCGACGUGUUCAAUGCCAGAGUGCUGGGCAGUGGAAACCUGGUGAUCAGUGAUGUGAAGCCUCAGCACAGUGGAGUCUACCUCUGUAGAGCCACCACCCCAAGAACAUGCAACUACACCAUCGCUACUGCCAACCUCACCGUGCUAGGAUGUUCUCUUGAGUACGUUCUUAGCCCCCAUCACUGGUGGAGAGACCUGAGAGCCAGACCCGUCCCAGGGCUGGCACUGCCCGCUCGUGUGCCAGGCUCAGGGGUGCCCCCGCCACGCAUCACCUGGCUGAAGAACGGAGAGGAGGUGCACCUGAACGGCAGGAUCAAGAUGUACAACAGUAAACUGGUGAUCACUCAGAUCACAACGGAGGAUGAUGCCAUCUACCAGUGUGUGGCGGAGAACGAACAGGGCAGCGCUCUGUCCCUGGCACGCCUCAUCGUGGUGAUGUCUGAGGACCGGCCCAGCGCUCCCAGGAACAUCCACGCUGAAACCAUCUCCUCCUCAGCCAUCCUACUGGCCUGGGAGAGACCCAUCUACAACGCUGACAAAGUCAUCGCUUAUUCUGUACACUACAUGAAGGCUGAAGGACUAAACAAUGAGGAAUACCAGGUGGUGAUUGGCAACGACACGACCAGCUACAUUAUAGAUGACCUGGAGCCAGCCUGGAACUACUCUUUCUACAUGGUGGCCUAUAUGCCGAUGGGAGCUAGCCGUAUGUCUGACCAAGUCUGUCAACACACUCUGGAGGACGUGCCCCUGCGUACCCCAGAGCUCAGCCUGACCAGCCACAGCCCUACAGACAUCCAGGUUUUGUGGCAGCCUCUACCAACCAAAUUGUCCCGUGGGCACAUAUGGGCCUAUCGUCUGUCCUACCGUACAGCUGCAGACGCCACGGUUCUGUCUGUGGAGCUGGCCCAAAACAACACCCAGUACCUCCUGGGAGACCUUCAGCCUGAUACCGUCUACCUGCUCCGGAUCUCUGCAGCCACCAGGGUGGGGUGGUGUGAACCCUCCUCCUGGACCUCCCACCGCACUCCCAAAACCUCCAGCAUCAAAGCAUCAAAGUGCCACCUGCCCCACUGCUACAGCAACUGGAGCCUCUCAACUGCACCUCCAUCUUGGUUCGAUGGCAGCCAUCUCCAGGCUCCGUGGUCGUCCAGGGUUACCGGCUCUGUUACCAUGAGGAGGGUCAACCAGAACAGCCCUCCAUCCAGCUCUAGCCUGAGGACACAGAAUACACCAUCAGUGGUCUGGUCACCCCUCCCCCCCGGUCCCAGGGGCCCUGGAUCCCAGCAGCUGAAUGCUCCCCCUGGCCCCCUUGCCCCAGCCGAGCCCUGGCCCCCUGCCCCAACCGAGCCCCCCAGCCCCAACCGAGCCCCCUGGCCCCCUGCCCCAGCCGAGCCCCCUGGCCACCAUUCCCCACCAGCACACAACGGACCUGGACACCACCUCCCUCCACCCCUCUCCAAUGCAAUCCGAGAUCACCCGGUGGCCCAGCCUCCAUCCCCGGACCAUGUGAGUGCGGUGGUUAACAGCUCGUCGGCGGUGUACCUGCGUUGGAGCCGUCCUGCCUUCGCCUCUAGGAAGGUUGUUAGCUACACAGCUCGCUGUACACCUGUGGGCCUGAUGAACGUAUCAGCCAUACGCUACAUACAGACUACCAAUCAGAAUGUGGUGAUACAGGGUCUGGAACCCAACACACGCUAUGAGUUAGUGGUGCGUCUCCAUGCCGAUCAGCUGUCCAGUCCCUGGAGUUCUGUUGUCCACCAGAGGACCCUUCCUGCAGCGCCCAGUCGUCCACCUGAAGGUGUGAGGGUGUCUCUGAUUGAGGACGGCACAGCCCUGGUUUCCUGGAGGGAACCAGAGGAGAACAACCUGGCAGUGACGCACUACACCAUCCUGUACGCCUCACAGAGGGCCUGGCUGGCCGGACACUGGCAAAUAAUGCAGAGGAGGGUGAGAAGUAACACCAUGGUCCUGCUGGAGCGUCUGGAGCCUGGUAACGUCUACUUGGUGAAGAUAUCUGCCUCCAACCUGAUGGGAGACGGGCCCUUCUCUACCACUGUGGAGCUGGCCCUGGGGCCCGGGCCUAGACACAGAGGGAAGAGCCCCAGGCAUUCAGACAGCGGAUCCUCCUCAGACACUUCAGUGUUCUCUGAUGGCCAGUACCACAUGGACCAGAAGUCCAUGACAGGCCUCAUGGUGGGGGUCUGCAUCACUCUGGCUUGUAUCGCCAUCUGUGCCCUCAUCCUCAUCAACAAAGGCAGAUCCAGGAAAUCGUCCAUCUGUAAGAUCAUGGACGUAGUGAACGGUGAGAGACUGCAUGGUCCACAUGCUGGUUUGGCCCUGGCCAAUGACCACCAGGCUGACAACAUAGAGGCCCUGAUGCCUGUGAUGGCACAACACUUCAUUGAUGCCAAGGGUGGUUCUAACCUGGUGAUUAGUAGAACAGGUCCAGUCAAUGGCAGCAACCGCAGUAAGAGAUGGCAAUUCUUCAAGAGGGAGAGACGUAAUACAAAUACAAGCCAGGCUGAGAACAGAGUGUGUCUGUACGAGGCAGGGAAGACCGUGCUGUGUUACGAGGAAAAGGUAGACGCUCCGCCCCUCCAGCCUUCCAGCCUGCAGAUCCUGUUUGGACCACUAGGGGCUUACAGCGCUCUGUGGGUAGCAGUCGGGAAGCAGCUCUGGGACCACUGA